AUGGAUGACAAAGAUAUAAAUGAGUGUGCUCUGAAUAUCCAUAUGUGCAGCCUCCAUGCCAAUUGCCUCAAUACCCCAGGAUCCUUCAAGUGCAAAUGCAAGCAGGGAUAUAGGGGCAAUGGACUUCAGUGUUCUGUUAUCCCUGAAAACUCUGUGAAGGAAUUUCUCAGAGCACCUGGGACCAUCAAAGAUCGAAUCAAGAAGUUACUGGCUCACAAGCACAAUAUGAAGAAAAAGGUGAAGCUGAAAAAUGUCACCCCAAGACCCACCAGUACACACACCCCUAAGGUUAACUUGCCUUUCAGCUCUGAAGAGAGCAUUUCCAGGGGCGGAAACUCUGAUGGAGAGCAAAAGAGGACGGAAGAGAGAAAGAGAGAGGGGCUGGAGGAAGAAAAAAGAGACAAAAUCCUACAGAAUGCGAUAGAACAGGAGCGAAGCCUUCGAGGAGAUGUGUUUUCUCCUAAGGUAAAUGAAGCAGAGGAUUUGGAUCUGGUCUACAUCCAAAGAAAAGAGCUAAAUUCCAAACUGGAACACAAAGACUUAAACAUCUCAGUUGACUGCAGCUUUGGUCAUGGGGUCUGUGACUGGAAACAGGAUAGAGAAGAUGAUUUUGACUGGAAUCCUGCUGAUCGAGACAAUGCUGUUGGUUAUUAUAUGGCAGUCCCUGCACUGGCGGGGCACAAGAAGGAUAUUGGCCGAUUGGAACUUUUCCUCCCCAACUUGACACCCAAAAGCACCUUCUGUUUGCUCUUCGAUUACCGGCUGGCUGGAGACAAAAUAGGAAAACUUCGAGUGUUCGUGAAAAAUAGCAACAAUGCCCUGGCAUGGGAAGAGACUCAAAAUGAGGAUGAGAGAUGGAAGACAGGGAAAAUCCAGUUGUACCAAGGGAUUGAUACUACCAAAAGUGUCAUUUUUGAAGCAGAACGUGGCAAAGGCAAAACUGGAGAAAUUGCAGUGGAUGGUGUCUUACUGGUGUCAGGCUUGUGUCCAGAUGGCUUUUUAUCUGUAGAGGGCUGA